UCGCAGGAACUCCGUCCUCGCCCUGUCCACCACCACACACGCAGAAAUGGCUUCCCCUCAAUCCCUCCUGAUGAUGCCGCCUUAAUUAGCGGCCUCGCUCGCUCGGAAGUUCCUCUUCUCAUCGGUGAUACGGAGGCGGCGGCGGCGGGGAUUGGGAUGAUGGCGUCGGAGCCGGCCGCGCGGGCGGUGGCGGAGGAGGUGGGGCGGUGGGGGAGCAUGAAGCAGACGGGGGUGAGCCUGCGGUACAUGAUGGAGUUCGGGUCCGUCCCCACGGAGCGCAACCUGCUGCUCUCCGCGCAGUUCCUCCGCAAGGAGCUCCCCAUCCGCAUCGCCCGCCGCGCCCUCGAGCUCGACUCCCUCCCCUUCGGCCUCUCCGCCAAGCCCGCCAUCCUCAAGGUGAGAGACUGGUACUUGGACUCCUUCCGCGACAUCCGGUAUUUUCCAGAAGUGAGGAAUCACGAAGACGAGGUUGCUUUCACGAAAAUGAUUAAGAUGAUCAAAGUGCGGCACAAUAAUGUGGUUCCGACAAUGGCUUUGGGAGUGCAACAACUGAAAAACGAACAGUUUAGCUCAAAGAAGCUUCCCCCAGGAUUUGACGAGAUCCACGGGUUCCUUGAUCGAUUUUACAUGUCGAGGAUUGGUAUUCGCAUGCUGAUAGGGCAGCAUGUGGCUUUGCAUGAUCCUGAACCAGAGCCUGGCGUCAUAGGCCUCAUUAAUACAAAGUUGUCCCCCAUACAGGUAGCUCAAAUUGCCAGCGAGGAUGCACGUUCCAUUUGUAUGAGAGAAUACGGAUCAGCUCCUGACAUCAACAUUUAUGGAGAUCCAAAUUUUGCAUUUCCAUACGUUGCAUCACAUCUUCAUCUCAUGCUGUUUGAACUGGUGAAAAAUUCCCUUCGUGCAGUGCAGGAAAGAUAUAUGAAUUCUGAUAAAGAUGUUCCUCCUGUCAGAAUUAUAGUUGCUGAUGGAACAGAGGAUGUUACUAUUAAGGUUAGUGAUGAAGGUGGUGGAAUACGAAGAAGUGGGCUCCCUAGAAUUUUCACGUAUCUCUACAGCACUGCAAGGAAUCCACCUGAUAUAGAGGGCCCUAGUGAAGGGGUAACUAUGGCUGGAUAUGGUUUUGGACUUCCAGUUAGUCGCCUUUAUGCUCGGUAUUUUGGUGGCGAUCUACAAAUCAUAUCCAUGGAAGGAUACGGCACUGAUGCUUACCUGCACUUGUCACGGUUGGGAGACUCAGAGGAGCCAUUGCCUUAGUGAGUUAGUGGCCUCCCUGUUCUGAUACAAUAUCUGUAAUUAGGUUGCUCUUGUUUAUUGUAAUCCAUUUGCUGGUUUGCUAAUAUUGGUUCAAGGGCCAGCCAUCUAUAGCCGUUUAACAUGUUAUCCUUUUAGCUGCCAUGGUUUCACCGUUUCAGCGUCUUUGCCGCCGUGUCCUCCCUGUCUCUGCCCACCCCACCCCAAAGCUUAGAUGCCCCAAACAUUUUGUCUAGCUCCACCUGUCUGCAGUAAAUCACUUUCAGACCCACGGUCGAAGCUAACAUCAUAUGCUUUUCCUACAAAAAAAACAUGUCGCAGAUAGCAUCCUAGGAAGCCGCUUGCUCAUUAACCUUUCUGGGACGGGAGAUCUCGAAUAUGUAUGCUUUACAAGCAGCUUUUCAUGUCAUACUAGGUCUUGCUUUUUACUGCUUUCGCUCCGUGUG